AUGGUGUCUGUUCUCGGUCCUCCGGCACCGCCGACUAGAGAGGGCGAGGUCAUGACCAUCUCGAGAGUCACCCGCGACGGCAGGCGCCUUCACUAUGACCUUCAGGUUCUGCAGCAGCCGGAGCGGGCCCGUGCCUGCGGUUCUGGCCCAAAGUCUUCUGCCGAUCGCCGACCGGUUGAUCCACCACCCGUCGUGCAAAUGAAGAUAUUCGAGGGCCCCACCAGGGAGAACGCCAAGGACAUCACCUUCGCCUACAACGCCGAUUUCUUCCUCUACGCCAACCUGCACCACGCCCACGACCUGGGCAGCGGCCGCGUCGCUCCACCCAGCACGCCUCCUGUGCUCACUGGUAUGCCCGUGUCGAGCAUGAUCCUGCUUGACCGCCCGACUGAGGCCGGCUAUUUCAUCUUUUCUGAUCUGUCUGUGCGCCACGAGGGCAAGUACUUCCUCACCUUCUCCCUGAUGGAGGAAGUCAAGGAGGACAGGGACAAGGACGUCGACGAGCCAAUGUCUGGCACCGAUGAGAUUGUCGGUCCCGACAUGGGUCCAGGCCAGGAGAUUCGCUGCUGGAACUUCCGGACGACCGUCCAGACAGACGACUUCGACGUGUACAGUGCCAAGAAGUUUCCAGGCCUGCAGGAGAGCACCCAACUCAGCCGUACUGUCGCCGAGCAAGGGUGUCGUGUGCGGAUCCGUCGUGAUGUCAGGAUGAGACGCCGUGAAAAGGGCAAGGGAAACAAGGACGCCAGCGCUCGGGACGACGAGUACACCCGCGCCGCUGCUGCCGCUGCCGCUGCCGCUGCCGCCCCGCCACCUCCAGAGAGGACCCCGACUAUCCGCGGUCGGUCGUCCAGCAACACCAGCCUUGAGCGCGCCCCAUACCCUCCGGAACUGCACCGACGUCCAUCGGGGAUGGAAUUCGCUCCUCCAAGGCCGUCCUUUGCUGCAUCUGAGCCAUCGGCAAACAGGCAUCUGACCUUUGGUGGACAACCUAUGGCGUACCCUCACCCGAACUCAGUGCCCACCUCGCCAUCGUACCCACCACCAGGAGCGCACUACACCCACAGGCCUUCGUACCCUUACAAGCCGGAGCCAUCACCGACUCAGGUCUAUACUCCUCAGGCUGGACCGUCUCCUCGAGACAUGUACCAGCGACCACACCCGGUCGCACCUACAGCGCCACCUGCACUCGCCCCGAGACUAGAGCCGGAUGUGGAGCCACAAAGAACACAGAGCAUGGUUCUCCCGCCCAUAUCGGAGUUUGCCAACGGAGUGGCGCCACAGCGCAAGUCGUCGUACACCCCACUUCCCAUCGCCCCGAUGCCGCCUCGCGCUCAGCAGUACCAACCCCACAAGGACUUGGCCUCGCCUUCGAGGAUGGAACACCACAUGGCCGCCCCAUACAAGAUGGAGCAACGCCGGCCCUCAUACCACAAGCUGGAUUACGUGUCACCGCCCCCAGCGCCUUCAGGCCCAUACAGCGGACCGCCGGUCUUGGAGCCCUCGAUGCCGCGUAACAAGCGACGGCAUGAGGAGGCUUUCUCGAACGCAGACUACGGGCGGGUCCAGCACGGCCGAUGGGAGAACGGAGUACGCGAGUAUAACUUCAGUGAGCCCGAAUAUCACCGGGCAUCAGGAUCGCGCAUCCCGGUCGCUUUCGAUCCAGUGAAGAACUGA